CCCCCCGGCCCGGGGGGUCGGUACCUGCUCAUCGACAGCCAAGGUUUGCCCUACACGGUGCUGGUGGCGGAGCCGGGGGGCGCGGCCGGGGCCCCCCCCCGGGGCCGGGCGUUCUGGUGCCCCGAGUGCGGGCGCUCCUUCGCGUACCUGUCGUACCUGCAGCGCCACAGCAUCACCCACUCGCCGCUGAAGCCGCACGUGUGCCGGGCCUGCGGCAAGGCCUUCAAGAGGACGUCGCACCUGGAGCGGCACCGCUUCACCCACGCGGGCAGGAAGCCCCUGGGCUGCCCCCUGUGCCCGCGGCGCUUCAGGGACUCGGGCGAGCUGGCCCAGCACCAGCGGGUGCACACGGGGGAGAGGCCCUUCCCCUGCCCCCAGUGCCCCCUGCGCUUCGGGGAGCGAAACACGCUCCAGAGGCACCUGCGCAGGAAGCACCCGGCGGGGCGGGAGCAGGGCUGCUGA